AUGGUUGAACUGUCUCAGUACCUUUCAAGCAGUACUGUAGAGGCAGCUUCCACCCAAGACAAGUCAUGGUUGCUGUUCACCAUCACACACAGGUUGGCACAGUAUGGAGAGCAAGAUAAGCUCAACAUGCAAGCUGAUCUCUGUUCUUGUCUGAGAGUGGCUGCGUCAUUGUCUCCAUACCUAUUCUACGUUGAUGAGUUGUGGAGCAGCACAUUUACUGUAGCUACUCUGGAGGCCUCUGUACACUUAAUAAACACAUACGUGAGAAAUUUUUGUUGCGAAGGUAUAGUUUUACCUUGGUCUCUGACUCUUUACUUUGUGAGGGGAUUACUGUCAUUGUGCUCACAAAGAAGCCAAAGUUUAAACAGCGCUGUACUGAAUCAAGGUUUUGGAAAGUCUCCACUUAUAGUGGUCUCCUUGAUAAUGCACUAUCCAGUGGUUGAAGGGGCUUUGGGUAGGGAGUUAUGCAGCAGCCAUGGUUCCAGUAGUGAACAUUUCGUUAUCUUCAACAGACUACGUUCUGUGUACAUGUGGGCAACAGAACUGCUGGGGCAGACACUCUCACUGGAGCCACCGUGCCCUGAACCGUGGAUAUCUGGGGCAGCCAUCUUUGCUGUCUGUGCAUCUGCCGGGCAUAGGUACUUGUCUUUAUUUACGGAAAAAGUUCAUCAGUCUUUGAAGGCUCCAGGAGAAUCCUUUGAGGUUUUAGAAAUGUGUUUUUCCUGCUUGGUUGCUCAAGUCACAUACAGCACCUGUUUCUCAGAGUGUCAUCAAGAUGAAAGCUACCAGGAAGCUAUGUUAACAGUGCUGACAGCAAGCCCUUCGUUACUGACAGUGUUUAGUUCACAACAUUCUACAGUGCUGCAGACUUCAGUAUUUCCAGAUUAUGUCACAAGAUGUCAGUGUCUCCUUGUAUUUAGGAUCUUGCAGGGUGCUUCAGAUGAGCAGCUGUGUGGUCUACUGGCAUGGGAGCAGUCAUUAUUCACCGUGCUACAACUGUACAAAGAAAUGUGUGACUUGCAUGAUGAUCAGGCAGAACAAGAUGUGCUCCCUGGGAGCUCCUAUAAUAUGGCACUGGACAUCAGUCAGUUACAGAGUAGCUGUGGUACUGUGGAUAGAUGUAUAUCUCUAGCACCUCCUCUGUCUCUGGCCAGCCUCACUGACUCCUUUAUACAGAGCUUAGACACUGUACUGCAACAUAGACUGUACCAGAGGAGAAAGGGUCUUAACAGGAGUUCCAGAAUUGGUGACAUGGAUGUUGGAUGAUGGCAUCAAAAAGAAAAAAAAGAAAGAAAAAAAAACAAUGAAAAGAAAAUAUUUGACACUAGUUUUCUUUAACGGACAUUCUAGGCAGGUCAAUGCAGAUAUCUUGAUAGCCUCAGCCUAAGGAAAAACUGUGUGAUGGAAGAGCUUUCCUUCAUGAACUUUCUAAUAUCAGGCCCGUAGCCAACAAUUUCAUAAGGGGAGUUCUUUUUUGAAAAAGUGGACCUUUUUCCAUAAAAAA